AGUCCGCGAGCAGGCACGUCUCGGAGCCCGCCAGUUCGCAGGUUCCGGGGCCGCGCCUGACUGGCAGCUGAGGCUGCACAGCCGCACGUCGCCCGACACUGAGGCCGGAUUCAUGUGGAAGCUGCUCCCCGACGCGAGCUCGGCCCGAGGCCCGCGCCGCCUGCUGACCGGCGUGGAGUACGUGGUGGGCAGGAAGGGCUGCGACAUCCUCCUGGAGAAGGACCCGUCCGUCAGCCGCAGCCACGCCGUGCUCGCCGCCCGCUUCCCCGGGACCAGCCUGAGUCAACCACAUGAAACCCCUGUAUUGACAAUAAAAGACAAUUCUAAGUAUGGUACCUUUGUUAAUGAGGAAAAAAUGCAGAAUGGCCUUUCUCAGACUUUGCAGACAGGGGACAGAAUUACUUUUGGGGUGUUUGAAAGUAAAUUCAGAGUGGAGUACGAGCCUCUGGUCGCGUGCUCUUCUUGUUUAGAUGUCGCUGGGAAAAAUGCUUUGAAUCAAGCCAUCCUGCAGCUGGGAGGACUCACUGUAAACAACUGGACCGAAGAGUGCACCCACCUGGUCAUGAUGUCAGUUAAGGUCACCAUUAAGACAAUAUGUGCCCUCAUUUGUGGACGUCCAAUUGUAAAGCCGGAGUAUUUUACUGAAUUUCUUAAAGCAGUUCAGUCCAAGACACAGCUUCCUCAGAUUGAAAGUUUUUACCCACCAAUUGAUGAGCCAGCCAUUGGAAGUAAAAAUAUUGAUCUGUCAGGACGGCAAGAAAGAAAACAGAUCUUCAAAGGGAAAACAUUUGUAUUUCUGAAUGCCAAGCAGCAUAAGAAAUUAAGUUCAGCGGUUGUUUUUGGAGGAGGGGAUGCUAGGUUGAUAGCAGAAGAAAAUGAAGAAGAAGAGAGUUUCUUUUCGGCUCCGGGAACUUGUGUUGUUGAUGUAGGAAUGACAAAUUCACAGCCCUUAAUUUCUGACUCUCAGAAAAAAUGGAUUCACUCAAUUAUGGAUAUGCUCCAAAGGCAGGGUCUUAGACCUAUUCCUGAAGCAGAAAUUGGAUUGGCAGUAAUCUUCAUGACGACAGAGAAUUACUGUGACCCUCAGGGCCAGCCCAGUCCAGGAUCCAGGACAGCGACCCCAGGGCUGAGCCAAGGCUUGUCCGUCAAAGAGGAGGUCAUGCCCAGUGCCCCCGGGAACACUGUGACCUGCGUGGCCGACACAGCCUCAGAGCAAGCAGACACAUGCAUGGAUCUGAGUGAAAGGCCAAAAGAAAUCAAAGUCUCCAGAAUGGAACAGAAACUCAGAAUGCCUUCACCAGAGACAUUCCCUGUGAAGGAACCCCCCAAAAGGAGCUCUGAGCGCACUUCUGUAGGACCAAAUGCUCCCGUCAGGGCGGAGACGCCCAGCUAUCGGCUCUCCCCAGUGAAGCUCUCCGGUGUCAACAGAGGUGGAGGUGGGGCUUCCCAGCAGCUGCAGACCGACUCCAUCCGAAACCACUUCCAGCCUGACCCCAGGAAGAGGGAAAGGGAUGAAGAAAAUCAAGAAAUGUCUUCAUUUAAGUCAGCAAGAAUGGAAAUGUCUUGUUCUCUCCUGGAACAAACACAGCCUGCCUCCCCCUCGCUGUGGGCAAGCGGCGGGCAGCCUGCUCCCCAGGGGGGGCCCGUGGGGCAGGAGCCAGGCGGCCUCUUCGCAGACACAGAGUCCAAGGCCACUUCGAAAACUCCUGCCAGUAAAUCUCUUUCUACAGAAAAACUAAGGUCAGAAAAAAGGAAAAUUGAUGAUUUAGCCAUAGAAAAUGAAGUACUGGAAGAGUUACUCCGGGACACAAAGCGGGAGUUGGACAUGGAGGUGGAGGUGCUGGAACAAGAGGGAGCCGUCCGAAGGAGAAAGGUGCCAAGGCUGGACGUAGAAACAAACGGCUCUUUGCACGAUGGGACAGCGCCAGAGAGUGACGACAUAUCUCAAGAAAAUGAAAUUGGGAAGAAAUGUGAGAUCAAGAAAGAAUCACUGCCAUCAACUAAAGAAGAGCCAUCUAACGAGGACAGGCCCCAGGGUGACGGUGAGAUGCCUCUGAGGAAGGUGUUGCUGACAGAGUUCAGGUCCCUGGUGGUGAGUGGCUCUGCCUCCAGAAAUGCCCCCAGUGUCAGGGGUGAUCAGGGUCCACUGAAGAAUUUCAAGAAGUUCAGAAAGGUCGCAUUUUCAGGAGCAGGAAAACUCCCACAGAUCAUUGGAGGAUCAGAUCUCAUAGCCCAUCAUGCUCGGAAGAAUACAGAAUUAGAAGAGUGGUUAAGGCAGGAAAUGGAGGUGCAAAAUCAACAAGCAAAAGAAGAGUCCCUUGCUGACGAUCUCUUUAGAUACAAUCCUAACGUAAAAAGGAGAAGAUAGAUACCUGAGGUUGUUAUAAAGAAGCCAUGGGAAAACGUUUCCUGCCCACAUACUUCCUGUUUCCUCUGGAUUCGGGGGUUUAAGUUACAAAUGCUCUGUGACCUGAAUUUGUUAAAUAAAAUGCACAAAACUCCAUU